AUGGAGACCUCUCCCCAGAACGAAGCUGGAGCCUCCGCCUCCGCCGACUCUCUCCUCCCUUGCGACGCCUGUCGACGACGUAAGGUCAAGUGCUCCAAGUCCGAGCCUUGUGACAGAUGUGUCUCGACAGGUUUAAGAUGUACACGGGAUAUCGUGCGGAAGAAGAGAGGACCGAAGAAAGGCUCAGGCUCGGUGAUCGCAAAGCUGAGGGAUGAAACCCAGCCGGCUCUACCACAUGAUUUAAGCCUGCCACCGUUCGACUUGUCCCAAUUGCAACAACAGAUGCCGUUUCUGAACCGGACGUUGUCGAAUGACAGCCCUUUCGGAUCGCAGAUGACCUCGCCACUGACCUCGCCAUCGAACUCACAGUUUGGGGACAGCCUUGGCCCAGUGAUAGAGCCUCUCGAUGUCUCGCGGUCUGUUCCUCUGUUACAGAACGAAGCCGAGUCCUCCGACACCAUAUUCCACACAGCAUUUGCUCAAGCAGGGAUCCAACUACCUGUCUCAUGGCAGACCCAGGCGUCUCAGCUACUCCAGUUCCAAGCACCAGUUUCUCCCACAGGUUACGUAUCCGUCAAUGACCUGGCGCAAAAGAUCUUCCAGGAAGCACCAGCUCCGUUGCUACCUGGACUGGCUCCAAGAUCACAACCGCCGACUCCAUCAAGGACUUCAACCCCACUGACAAAACCCACCUCUCUAGACGCGAUAUUGACGAACGGAGCACCUUCUCCGACCACAACAUCCACGAGCUCACCUGCGCCGCCUCAUGGACCAAAAUGUUUGUACCGCAGUGAUUCUUCUAACUUCCAAAGCGAACCGCGGCUACAGAGUCUGGCAGCAGAACUCGGCUUGUCGGUCUACCUAAUGUCGCAGUGCAUCCGGCAAUACUUCACACACAUGUACUCGAUCCGUCCUAUCAUCCACGAAGGAUCAUUUCUCCAACGUCUGAACCAGCCCGAGGAGCUCUGCAACGAAGAAAAGAUCCUCGUACUGUCACUCUGCGCCACCACCGUGCUCCAUGCGGCCCCGCAAUCAGACCUACCGCUAGAAAAGAAGUUGCAAUUGGGGAAUCGGUUCGUAGAACUGUGCUGCUACCUCCGGUGUUCGAGCGACUGGACAGAAACGAGCACGCUGCUGUCGAUCCAGGCAAGCUACCAUAUGUGCGUGGCGCUGUUUGAGCUCAAAAAGCCGCGGGCCCACCACUUCUACCUGCGCGAAGCCAUCGGCAUGGCCAUCGAACAGGGCUUGAACGUCGAAUCGACUUACGCCGGCAUGGACGAGAUCCAGGCGAUCUGCUCCCGGCGGACCUUCGCCCUGCUGUUCAUCACCGAGCGCGGCCUGGCGAUCCUGCGCAACAAAUCGACCCAGAUCACGCGCCUCCCACGCCUCUCGACGGAGUACUUUGACGAACAGGACGCGAUCGUGCUUGCCGGCUUCUCCGCGCUGGUGAAUCUGUUUUCCGUGCUGGACGAGAAGUUCGUGCGGCUCUGGAGCGCCACGUGUCCCGGCGACGUGUCGGCGCCGUACGAGCCCGUCGACAACGUCGCGGCGAUCCAGCAUUCCCUGAACGAGAUGACGUUCGACAAGGCCGCCAUGACAGACAUCCAGAAAGCCGACGUGCUCAUCACCCAGCAGUGGCUGCGCCUGGUGUUCUGGCAGGCGUCCAUGCGCCAGGGCUUCAUCAGCUACGUCGCUGCCGACCCCAUCUUCUCGUCCACAUAUCCCAUCACCAUCGCCAAGGAUCUGUGCAUGGCCCUGCACGACUUGACCUACGACGCCAUCCUGGUCCAUGGCAUGGGCAUCUUCGAGAAACUCUUCGAGGUCGCGUAUACCCUGAUGGACGCCCUGACUAUUGCCAAUUACAAUUGGUCCGAGAGCCACGAGUUGCGGUAUCUGUUUGACGUGUUGAGUGCGAGCCCGAACAGCCACAACACCUAUGUCAAGAUGCUGAGGACUAAGAUCGAGAGCGAACAGAGUCCGAGGCCUCGUUCGCCUGUCGUGGCAUGA